AUGACGACCCAUGGGCUCUCGAUCGAUGGUGUCAGGUUUAGAGAUUCCGAAGGGCGUGAGGUGACUUUUCGCGGCAUCAACGUUGCUGGAGAUUGCAAACUUCCCCGUCACCCGAGCCAACCCUCUCACGAAUUCAAGAACUUCUUCGACGCUAAGAACGUCUCCUUCGUGGGACGCCCUUUCACGGAAGAGGAGGCACACAUACACUUUGCAAGGAUCAAGAGAUGGGGCUACAACCUUGUUCGGUACAUUUUCACUUGGGAAGCCCUGGAGCAUGCUGGACCGGGCCAAUACGAUGAGGAGUUUAUAAAUCACACCAUCAAGAUCCUGCGGAUAGCAAAAUCCUAUGGGCUUUAUGUCUUCAUGGAUCCCCAUCAAGACGUCUGGUCAAGGUUUACCGGGGGCUCCGGCGCACCUCUCUGGACUCUGCAUGCCUGUGGGUUGGACCCAGAGACCUUUGCCGUAAACCAAGCUGCUGUUGUUCACAAUACUUGGCCGGAUCCUGCACAAUUUCCCAAGAUGCUGUGGCCGACGAAUUACACCCGUUUGGCUACUGAGACUACGUUCACCUUGUUUUAUGCUGGCCGGGACUUUGCACCCAACGCUAUCAUAGAUGGCAAGAACAUCCAGGACUACUUGACGGACCAUUUCCUUUCAGCUUGUUCACAUCUGGCCCAGAGAAUACAUGAUGCUGGCGGCCUAGAGGAUGAGUGUAUCAUUGGGUGGGAAACGAUGAACGAGCCGCAUCGAGGAUUGAUCGGUUGGGAAGACCUCGAUGCGCUUCCGGACGAGCUCAAAAUGAGGAAAGGAACAAUGCCAACCCCAUGGCAAUCCAUUCUCACAGGGGCAGGACGUGCCGCAGAAGUCGAUGUCUACGACUUCAGCACAUUCGGGUCAUACAAGAGCGGUCGAGAAUUGGUGGAUCCGGAAGGAAUAUCGGCGUGGCUUUCGAAAGACUUCGAUGACACACAGUACGGGUGGAAGCGAGACCCAGGCUGGAAAUUGGGCGAGUGUCUCUGGGCUCAGAAUGGCGUCUGGGAUCCCAGCCAAGACCAGCUCUUGAAGCCAGACUAUUUCGCCUCGAUACCCAAAUCUGGAGAGAAGUUGGACUAUGUCAAAUACACCAACAUCUAUUACAUGCAACAUUUUCGGAAGUAUAGAGAUGCGAUUCGGUCGAUCCACAAGAAUUGCAUUAUUCUGGUACAGUCGGCUGUUCUUGAAAUCCCUCCGAACAUCAAGGGGACCGUUGACGACGAUAAGAGACUGGUCUUUUCCACUCAUUACUACGAUGGCAUCACACUACUCCAGAAACAUUGGAACAAAUACUACAAUGUGGAUGUUUUCGGUAUACUGCGUCACAAAUACUCCAACGUCGUGUUCGCUGUGAAGUUCGGCGAGACGGCUAUUAGGAAUUGUUUAAGGGACCAGUUGAAGGCGAUACGUGAAGAAGGCGUGACUUAUCUGGGGGACCACCCCACGCUUUUCACAGAGAUUGGAAUUCCCUUCGAUAUGGAUGAUAAAUACGCCUACAAGUCUGGUGACUAUUCAAGCCAGAUCGCAGCUUUGGACGCCAAUCAUUUUGCCUUGGAAGGGUCAGGUUCUCAGGGGUAUACGUUAUGGACCUACGUCAGUCAGAACAAUCACGAAUGGGGCGACUUAUGGAACGGCGAAGAUCUCUCCAUUGUCUCGGUUGAUGAUCCUCUCCUUCCAAGCGCCUCUACAUUGUCAGCCCUGCCCUCUGCGAACCCCUCGACAGCAUCCCUGGGCCAGCAAUCGUCAACACUGUCAGACUCGACCACAAUAAACCCGUCCAACCUCAAAGAUGCACUGUUAACUCCUCGGAUCAAUCAAGACCCUCAAGCCAGAUCGAGGAUGGCGGAAGGGACAGGUUUCCGUGCUGCCGAAGCGUGGGUUCGGCCCUCCCCAAUCGCAACCGUCGGCGACGUUGUGAGUUACGGCUUCGACCUGAAAUCCGUGACUUUCACAUUCUCUUUAACUUCAGACAGGGCAACAAAGGAAUCUGUUCCUACGGAGAUUUUCUUGCCCGAGUUCCAUUUCCCGCCUGGUAAAACCCAGGUGGAAGUCAGUGGCGGGCGAUGGAGAAUCGACGCAGUUGAUGUAGACGGUGAAGGGAUGCAAGUUAUGAAAUGGUGGCAUGGCGCUGGAGAACAGAAUAUAACCGUGAAGGGUAUGAAGAGGAAACCUGGGGCGUUGAACGAGGAGGAUGACUCAGAAGCUGGGUAUUUGGAGACCAUGCGGGAGAGCUGCUCGGUGAUGUGA